GACAAACUUCCCAUUGUUAAUAUUGAUCAAGUGUGCAAGGAAAAGAUUCAGAACUUCUUUGGAGUCGACAUUUUUCUACUGCAGUGAACAUAUCUGCUGUCAAACUUCAAAGUUACGCAGUCUUACCUUUUACCGGCCUAUGAAUUCUUCUGGACUAAAAGGAUCUCAGUGAUAUCCUGCUGUGUUGAACAAGAGCGUAUGUAAGGACGUACUGAGGCAAAUAUUCUCAACUGUAAACUGGACCCAAGAACUGUAGACUUGUUGAAAUAUUUAUCUGUAAAGAAGGGACUAGAUUUGUACGAUCAUGAAUGGUGUGACAUUCACUGUGCUGGAGGAGGUCACUCACAAAAUGGUCUAUUUGACGGUUCCUGACAGGAAUGGUGAUCAUAUCCCCCACCAGAGGUCAGCACCCAUCUUAGGAGAUCACCAGUACCACACUUCAUGUAAUUACAAUAACGGAUUUUGGCCGAGCACGAGAAAUAUUGGUGUUGUCCAUGAAAACCCACGCAUCGGGUCUGAUGGGGAAAGUGAGGAGGUAUCGGGAGCGUCGGACGAUAAGGACGAUAUGUUCACUCCGGCCCAGCGGGUACGACUCAGGAAUAGAAGGUUUAGUGAGGAUGUGAAUAAGAGAUUGUCACUGCCAGCGGACAUCCGUCUUCCAGAAAGCUUCUUAUUGAAGCAUACACAGUCCAAUAUGUUACAGCCAGCCUUUGACGGACCCCUCACCAGACGCGCUCGGCGUUCUUCUUUGUCGGAGAUUGGGUUCGGUAAAAUAGAGUCGUAUACGAAACUGGACAAACUUGGAGAGGGUACAUAUGCAACAGUAUAUAAGGGUAAAAGUCACCUGACAGAUAACCUGGUAGCCUUGAAGGAAAUCCGGUUAGAACAUGAGGAGGGUGCACCCUGUACAGCUAUAAGAGAGGUGUCACUCUUACGAGAUUUAAAACACGCCAAUAUAGUUACGUUACACGACAUAAUACACACGGAAAAAUCUUUAACUCUAGUCUUUGAAUAUUUGGACCGGGAUCUCAAACAGUACAUGGACGACUGCGGUAACAUAAUGAACAUGUCCAAUGUUAAGUUGUUUUUGUAUCAGUUAUUACGCGGACUAAAUUAUUGCCAUAAACGACGGGUAUUGCACAGAGACCUAAAGCCACAGAAUCUGCUUAUAAAUGAUCGAGGCGAAUUGAAACUGGCAGAUUUUGGUCUUGCUCGUGCCAAGUCCAUCCCAAUAAAAACUUAUUCAAAUGAGGUGGUGACGCUGUGGUACAGACCUCCAGAUGUCCUGUUAGGGUCAACGGAAUAUUCCACACAUAUAGACAUGUGGGGUGUAGGUUGUAUAUUUUUUGAGAUGGCGUGUGGCCGGCCGUUAUUCCCCGGGUCGACCGUUGACGACGAGCUCCAUCUGAUCUUCAAGGUGCUUGGCACGCCCAAUGAAACGACCUAUUCUGGGAUAUCCCAAAAUGAGGAGUUCAUCUCGUAUAACUUUCCCAACUAUAUAGCGGAACCUCUUCUAAAUCAUGCUCCGAGGUGCGAUUCUGAUGGUCUUGAUCUCCUGCGCAAGCUAUUACAGUUUGAAGGGCGAAGGCGUAUCUCAGCCGGUGAUGGCAUGAAGCAUCCUUAUUUCAAUUGUUUAGGACCAAAUGUACAUAAACUGCAGGAUACAUCUUCCAUCUUCUCAAUCCCCAGCUUAUCACUUCAGAAAGAUCCUGGCAUCCGAUCGUCAACGCUAGCCGCUGUCGGUAACAGCAGACGGAGACAGAGCAUGCUGUUCUAAAUGCGCCAGACAUAGUGACUGAAUCAUGGAUUGCUUGAGACUUUAAUACUUCUCCUGCAAGGUUCACCAGUCUUGGGUGAUUUGCGUGACGUGCGGUUAUCGUGGUUCACGUCAUAGUGUUGCCAUAGAUAACAAAUCUUGGAUCACAGUGGCCUCAUUCAAAGAGUUAGUUUAUACUCGACAUCGACGCUGCAAGUUUCAGUAGAAACAGUGUCAUUUGGUCUUGUGAGAGGAGAGACACACUUUUCAGGUCAAAGUGCCUGACGUUCAAUCGAUCCAAAGUGCCAAUGCAAGGACUACUUUCAAGAAAGCAUCUCUGAAUCUCAGACCAAGGUGUUUGUGAUUCAAGGGAGUAGCUGGUUCCCUUUAGGGAGAACUUCUUCUUCUUCUUCAGCGUUCGCUCUGCACUUGGAGGGGUCAUUCUCCUAGGGGUAAUCCUCCUCCAAGGCGGGAUGAGCGUAUCCUGCGUGCCACUACGGUUAGGCACCAAUUGGGUUUAUUGGCCUAGUGGUCCGACUUUGGCGAGAGAGAUAGAGUCCACGCAAGCUACUCAUGUUUUUCACUUGGUGGGUUCUUAGCUUGCCCUGGCAUAGACACCAGGUACAAGGAACCUCGGUUUUGAGUCUCAUUCGAAGGACUGUGAAGAGCCAGGAAUUGUAGUUCCUUGAAAGCCACGCCGGUUCAUCCAGACAUACGAUCCUGGGUUCUCCCCGGGCCCUAUUGCGUGGUGGCCAGCAGUGUUAACCACUAGGCCAUGAGGCUCCUUGUUUUAGGGAGAACAAAAGUUGUUUGUUCAAGUGGCUUAUGAUGUUGGCCCGUAUGACUUAACCCUUUUAGGGACUGGAGGUACUUUGGCAAUGGCUCCAUCAGAAAGUUGUCAUUGUUAGCUGUUCGAUGAAUGGUCAUGUAAAUAGGUUUAAACGACAGGAUAUUGAGACAUUUCUUUUGUCUUGCACUUGGCCGCACACACUGCAACCAGUCCUUAAAGAAUCAAGUUAUGAUGCCAGUACCAUGUACUGACACAAUGUACUGUCUGUAUAGGAGAAAAUAUCGUGUGUCGACCUAGUCGCUGAAGCUUUGCUUUUGCUUUGUUAGUGCUGUGAUGUUGGGAGAUGUGAAAGUCUGGCAGAUGUUAGGAAUAGGUUGCACUCUGCAAGGGGUCACAGUAGCUACUGAGGAAAUCCUGGAACUCCCAUUGGAGUACCAGGCACAAGCUGAGAAGUUGUAGAGGGUAUCCUUAUGGGAUGAAGCAGAGCUUGAUUCUGUUGUGGAAUUUGAUUUCUAGCUGAGGGCAUAUCUGUUGGAACCACUGGUGGUCCACGACACUGGUUAAAAUCAUGUUGAAUUUUAAAUUCUUUGAUGAGUUGAACGUUGUCUCGAUGUGAGAAAACAACGGCUGGGUCUUGUUGAUUUUAUUGCAUAUAUUCAAGUUGUUUUACCUGACAUAUGCCAGAGGGACGUGACACCAAAUUCCAAUAACCUUGACCUGAAGUAAUCUCAGGGUCGUUCCAAGGUCACUGAAAAGGGGCGGGUUUUGAUCUAUUUGCAGUUACAGUGACUUUUACUUCAAAGUUUGUUGCAUGUGUUAAGUCAUUUUAGACAUUGCUGAACAAAAGAGUCUGUGGUUUGUCCUGAUCACCGUGGACGCUACACGCUGGACUUCGGUGUUCAACACAGGGUUGUAUUCACGACCUGGCAGACUGUCCUGUCCAUCAGUUUCUAGCAACUUUGCCUGCUGACAGCAAAACUGUUAAAUUCACAGCAUAACGCAGAUGAUGUACCUACGAAUUGCCUUGGUGCUGACGUCAUAGAUUUAUUAUUUGUAGAACCUUCUAAAGGAAUAAUACGCACUGCCGGUGUUGAAGCUGUGAGGUGCUGGAGAUGUGGUGCGUUAUUCACUGGUAGGGGGCGCAACUAGCAAGCAUUUAUAACUAGUGUACCCAUGAUUUAUUUUCAACACAUGUUGGUGCUCUCCUUAAUAAACGUGGAGAAAUUGUGACUGGGGAAUUUUCAAGAUAAUUAAAUAUUAUUAGAUGAAAAAAAUGUGUUUUGCUGAAAAUGUUGCCAAAUGUAUAAAAGGUUAUAUUUUGAGAGGCAAAAUCAUGGGGCUGAUAUUGCAUGUUAGAUGCACCUUCAUAUGAUUGCAAUAAAUUCCUAUAAAUUAUGGGGUUAGAAGCCCGUUUUUAAUAGGGAUAAAUCUGUACUUUAAAAAUGUGAACAUUUUGAAUUAAGAAUAAUUCCUUUUACAGUUGGGGAGAUAUACAGUACUGUACUUACAAUGUAGUGUGUGAAACCUGUUAUAAUGAACAUUUUAAUCAGAAGAGCGCUAUGUAUUAGCAGUAGAGGGUAUUUGCCUUGUACAUUUCAGAUUUCUGCAUUCAGUCUUGUGGAAGUUAUUGGAAGCCAUUCUUGGUGUUUACGCACACCUACUGCUAUCUUUGGCCCACUAACACUCGAAUGACACACGCUGUAUUAGCCCCCAAAUCUGUCCCUGCAUUUAGUGAUUAAAUGGAUAGAAUGGAACGUAGCAAACUGGGAUCACUAUGUACGCAGUAAACGUCAAAUGAUGUCAUUUCAAGAUUUGUUUGUGGCCUAGGAAACUUGUAGGUGUCCGUAAACGUUUCGAUCGGAGUGUAGGGAAUUGUUGGCACGGAAAAGUCCUGAUGGGUUGCUCCGGCCUUUGUCGAUACCUUCCCUGGUUGACUUUUUCUGGCCAACAUUUUCACUUGACAUUUAGCUGUUGAUGCAGUGCAUAAUUCACUUAUUUAUCUGUAUAUGCUGUUGUCAAAUUGCACCUUGUCUACAAAAUGUCUUUCUGACACAUUAUGAUGCACAUUGCAAAAAAAAAUGCCCAUGAAUAAUUGUUCUAGAAUAACUUUUUUAUCACUCUUGUUUUUUUUUGUUGCCGACAUACUUUUUGUUAUGAAUGUGAGAGAAUAUUGUUACACUGUGUUGGUAUUAAAGCCUUGAGGUAUUAUAGUUGACUCCUGGACAAAGGAUAAGGCAUCUACGGACUACAGGUAUCAUCAGUCUUUGUUUCACCUUAAACGACCAAUUAAUGAGUGAUUCAUCCUUGGCACUUUUCAAUGCCGGAUGAUAUUUUACUGAUGGGGUUUGUACAAGAUGAGUUUAUUCUGUGGGGUCUUUUAACAUCAAAUUUUUGGGCACGUUUUAUGCUGCAAUUUUAUAUGGUGGACCUUUUGAUCAUGUUCUAAUAAUUUCAUUCUUUGCAUAGUGAAGUCAAUAUGUUGCUAGCUGGAGUUGGUGAAAUGUUGACAGAAUAAUGUUGGGGUUUGUUUCUUAGCUGCACAGAUAAUUAGAAUCAUUUCGUUGUUCUGUAUCAAGCCUGGUCUCAAAUUGCACGUAUGCUCUUUGUUUUGGUUGUCCCAGGAACAUUACCCAAGACAUUCAUGACAUUGUUGAUUCGAGGAUACUGUGAACCAUGAGUUUUUCCUCGGGACAUCCUGUAGUUUGCUCAUUAGCAUACGUCUGCUGUGACGUCUGCUGUUCUUGUGAUAAACAUUCAGCUGUUUGUGUUCAGGUCUUACAUUUCCAUUUGUUCACUCUAUUUAUAUUUGCCGCACGGCUAGGAUUCAGAGUAUCUUGAAAAUAGAGACAUGGUAAAGUCAUUGAUGGUGAGAUAUGUUUGGGUUACUUCAAAAAUACUUCAAGCAAAUUGCGAAAAAGGUGGUGGUGUUGGAGUUAAAAAUGCCAUCGUACAGUAUACUUUGCAAAUAGAUGACUUUCUUCGGUUUACUUGUUGUUUCAAAGAAUCAAUUACAAGUGCUCUGUCUCCAAGGUUUUCUGAAUCGUUACGCCUUGUGGUUUAGUCUCAUUUCAUUUCUCAAUGGUUUGUAAAUAGAGGAGAUAUAUUUGUGUAGUGUGCACGUACACAAUAAUCAUUUAUGAGUAUCCAAUCAGCUGGCAGAGUAGAUUAAACAUGUAUUUAGUUCUCAAAAAGAGGGGCUGCAGCUCCGAUUUUCAAGUGUGGGUAACUCCCUUUCAGGGCAUUUUUGAAAAUAUUUCAGCCGAAUCUAAGGUACUCUUAGAAUUUGACCCCUUUAUGAUUUCAUCGGGAUCAUAUUCAGAUGAAAUAAGACGUAAGCAUAUCACAGAUUUCAAAGCUCUAACUUUUAAAAGUGAUUCUGAAGUUGCUACUUUUGGUGCCAUAUGCUUUGUUUGUCCCGUGCUAGUCAUUAAAACAUGCUUACGUCGGGGAUUUGGAUAAUAAGCCACAAUUGCUGUUUAUUGUUGUUCUUGAUACAGCUUGACACAUGGAGACGUGCUCCAACUGGGAAUCCAACCUAUGACUUCGGUGGUGCCAUGCGCCAAUCUCCAUCAUGUCCUUCCACUGCACCACUCUUUCAGACUAAGUCAAUCAACCGAUGAACACUUCACAAUGUGCAGCAUUUGUGGCUUGUUAUGGGGGUCAGUCUUUCUAUUGCCAAUGUAUCAAACAGUUUGCCGAAAUUUCAGUGGAUAAGAUCCAGAAUAUCACUGAGAAAAAAGUAAACAUCACAUUGGUACUUCUGCAACAACCCCAUUCAUGAAUUUGUAUAUUGUAGUGAAGUGAAUCAAGGGAAUCUGUUGUUCACUGAGAAGUGCAUUUCAGUGCAAGUGAAAAAUAUAUGGAAAAUGGAAAUUUUUGGUAUCAUUGGCCUUACUUGUAGGUCUGUGGGGCUGCAAGGGAGUGUUCAUGUACUCAGUGUAACAUUGAAAGUACAUCAGUCUCCCUCAUACAUCUGACAGGUUAACUAGUUCCAUUUUCCUCAUGACACAGAUGUACAGUUACACUUAUUUCAUCAAUUUUUGUGCAAUCUUAAACCUAGAUCCAGCAAGAUUUGAACACUGGUGCUCGUAAAACAGCAGAAAGUCCUAUGUCUUGUUAUUAUUGUGAGGUUACGUUUACUGCCGCCGAGCAAAGUUGUGUGGAAUAUUAGAAUAUACACAACAUCUAUGCUGUAUUGGUCCAGUUCAAUUCAAAAGAAGAGGGGUUUUCAAGACGUUGUGAGUUGUUGAUAUAAGCUAGAGUAGAUGUUGAGUUGCGUCUUGGCGGGAAUGAAGAGACUGACGUCUUGAAAGCAUUUCAUGUUGUUUUAAGAGCAUCGAUGUUCUGGGUGUAAAACAGUUGGUGCAGAGGAUUAUCAAAAGUGUAUAAUGAGAAACACUAAAAAGUGUUAACACUGACCAUGCUCUAGAAGGAACACUCUUUGGUGUUCUCACAACUAUUAGAACACCCUGGUGUUCUAUAAAUAUUCUGUAGAUUAUUCUAGGCUUUUUGUCAAUAAACAGAUUUCUUUUGCAAGUAAA